GGCAACACAGUCCUACUGUUUUUGACACGCCUUCGUGACUUCUUUUUGUGUAUUUUUCUGAUUUUUACCUGUUUAUUUGUUCUGAUUCCAAGUUACGUGUGUGAAAUUUUGUGUAUAACUCUCUAAUUCGUGCAGUACAUUGUGUUAUUUAGCGUGUUCUCUUCAAAAUACCUACAAAUCUAAGAAUUACGUCAAGCAUGGCCACUCUAACAGACCCGUACGGCACAACAGGCCAGCUGGCGCUCAAGUGGGACCCCAAGAACCUGGAGAUCCGCACCAUGUCCGUGGAGCGGACGCUGGAGCCGCUCGUGCUGCAGGUCACCACCCUCGUCAACAGCAAGGACAAGUCUGCCAAAAAGAAGAGACCGGGCAAGUCCAAGCGUGCCAGUGCGUUGGUGGCAACUGUGGAGCGCGCUACGGAGAUCUUCAUAGAGAGGGGGCAGACCAUUGCGUAUGAGAACCCGGAGAUCACUCAAGAGAUGCUGGCUGCUGUGGAAGAGGUCAGGAAGGCUGGAGCAGCGAUGAGCCUGGCGGCGCGGGAGUUCUCCGAGGAGCCCUGCGCGUCCACGGUGCGCUCCAGCAUGGUCCGGGCGGCGCGCGGGCUGCUGUCAGCGGUCACUCGCCUGCUGAUCCUGGCUGACAUGGUGGAUGUCCAUCUUCUGCUGUCCAACCUGCGCACUGUGGAAAACGACCUGGACAAGCUGAAGUCAGCAUCAUCACAGUCGGAGCUGCUGGAGUCGGCGCGCCAGUUCGGCAGGUCCGCCAACGAGCUCGCCGCUCAAGCGGCCAGGCGGCAGCUAGAGCUGAAGGAGCCGCGGAUGAAGGACGAGCUGGCUGCGGCCAGGGCUGUGCUGAAGAAGCACUCCACCAUGCUGCUGACGGCUUCCAAGGUAUACGUCCGUCACCCAGAGUUGGCUGCGGCCAAGGCCAACCGCGACUUUGUUCUGCGCGCCGUGUGCUCCGCCGUCGACACCAUCUCUGCAGUCGCCCAGGGACGACCCCUGCCACCCUCAGGCAACAACCGCGUGCCGGUGGAAGGGCCUGGCGAGCUGGCGCAGGCGCUGGACGACUUCGACGAGCGCAUGGUAAUGGAACCAUUGGCGUACUCCGAACUGCGCACUCGGCCGUCGCUGGAGGAACGCCUAGAGUCCAUCAUAUCUGGCGCAGCUCUCAUGGCCGACAGCUCUUGCACCAGGGACGAGCGUCGCGAGCGCAUCGUGGCGGAGUGCAACGCGGUGCGACAGGCGCUGCAGGACCUGCUGCACGAGUAUAUGACCAAUGCCGGGCGCUCGGAGCAGUCGGAAGGGCUGGAGCGUGCGCUGGAGCAGAUGUGUCGCAAGACGAGGGACCUGCGGCGCCAGCUGCGGAAGGCCGUGGUGGACCAUGUCUCCGACAGUUUCCUGGAAACCAACGUACCACUUCUGGUGCUGUUGGAGGCGGCUCGCAGCGGCAACGAGAAAGAGGUGGAGGAGUAUGCUAUCGUGUUCACGGAGCACGCCAACAAGCUGGUCGAGGUCGCCAAUCUGGUGUGCUCGAUGUCCAACAAUGAAGACGGAGUGAAGAUGGUUCGACAUGCAGCCGGACAGAUUGAGGCUCUGUGCCCACAGGUGAUCAACGCGGCGCGCGUGCUGGCGGCGCGCAGCCGCUCGCGCGUGGCGCAGGAGAACGCGUCCGCGUUCGCGCGCGCCUGGGAGGCCGCCGUGAGGCUGCUCACCGAUGCUGUGGACGACAUCACCACUAUUGACGACUUUCUGGCUGUCAGCGAGAAUCACAUCCUGGAGGACGUGAACAAGUGCGUGGUGGCGCUGCAAGAGGGAGACCCGGACUCGCUGGAGAGGACCGCCGGCGCCAUCCGCGGGAGAGCCUCUAGGGUGUGCUCGGUAGUCACUCAAGAGAUGGACAACUACGAGCCUUGCAUCUACACCAAGCGCGUGCUGGAGGCAGUCACCGUGCUGCGCGACCAGGUGAUGUCGAAGUUCGCGGUCCGAGUGGAUGCUGCGGUGUCGGCGCUGGGCGGCGGCGCGGGCGCAGGCCUGGACGAGAACGACUUCAUAGACGCGUCGCGCCUUGUCUAUGACGCCGUGAGGGAGAUCCGCCGUGCCGUGCUCAUGAACAGAACGAGCGACGACCUCGACACGGACACGGAGUUCGAGCCCGUCGAGGACAUGACCAUGGAGACCAGGAGCCGAUCGAGCGCGCACACCGGCGAGCACGGGGUGGACGAGUACCCUGACAUCAGCGGCAUCACCAACGCUAGGGAAGCCAUGCGCAAAAUGACGGAGGAGGACAAGCGCAAGAUCCUGCAGCAGGUGGAGCUGUUCCGGCGGGAGAAGAUGACCUUCGACAACGAGGUGGCCAAGUGGGACGACGCGGGCAACGACAUCAUCAUGCUGGCCAAGCACAUGUGCAUGAUCAUGCUGGAGAUGACGGACUUCACCCGAGGCCGCGGACCGCUGAAGACCACGAUGGACGUCAUCAACGCGGCCAAAAAGAUCUCCGAGGCGGGCACCAAGCUCGACAAGUUGACCAGGGAGAUUGCGGAACAGUGCCCGGAGUCGUCGACGAAGCAAGACCUGCUGGCGUACCUGCAGCGCAUCGCGCUGUACUGCCACCAGAUACAGAUCACCAGCAAGGUCAAAGCCGACGUGCAGAACAUCUCCGGAGAGCUCAUCGUUAGCGGGUUGGACAGCGCCACGUCUCUGAUCCAAGCCGCCAAGAACUUGAUGAACGCCGUGGUGCUGACGGUCAAGGCGUCCUACGUGGCGUCCACCAAGUACACGCGCCAGGGCACCAUCGCUUCGCCGAUAGUCGUGUGGCGCAUGAAGGCGCCGGAGAAGAAGCCCCUCAUCCGGCCGGAGAAGCCGGAGGAGGUCCGCGCGAAGGUCCGGCGCGGCAGUCAGAAGAAGCAGCCCAGUCCGGUGCACGCGCUCGCCGAGUUCCAGAGCCCCGCUGAGAGCGUGUGAUGCAGCAUAACAGACGGGCAAACAUAACUCUAUUUAUAUUAAUAUUAUAAAAUAUUUCAAAAAAAAAACUAAAUUAGCUCACUUAAAUUC